GAUCCCAAAUAUAGCCCUCCAACACAGCAUAAACAGACGGACGACACAGAAGGGUGCUGAGCUCGUUGUUCGAGAUCGUUCAGUUGACAAAGACUUUGUACUUUAUUUUCCCCAGGUAUCGAUGGCGGAGGCGAGAUGUGCAGUGCACGAACCUAUAGUUCCCCACGUGACGUCCGAGGAAGAAUACCAGAGGAAUAUUUACAAUGAAUGGCGAAGGUCGCUUGUCCGUCGCUUUUACAGAACAAGGAACCUGUUGUACAAUGGAAUGUGGCCGACGUCGAUAUGGAAUCUGGCUGCUAUGGUGAUCAUCCUGUCCGUUACCAUGAUAACGGACAUCGAGAUGAUGAGGCCCAUUAAUGAUCGACUAUGGAAAGUCUACCACAUGAUGUAUAUGCCUAAAGGACUCCCUCUGGUGGUGAAUGCUGUAAUUACUUCCUGUUUUGUUGGAUUCUGGUUCUUCCUGAUUAAGAUCUACGUCCGGCGUUAUCUUCUGAGGGGGCUGUUAUCUUACAGGGGCUGGAUGUAUGAGCAACCAAAGACCCAGUCGGUCAGCACCAUAGUAUGGGGUCUACUGGUCAAAUUGGUCAGUGGAUACAGUCCUAAACUGUACAGCUGUCAGUCAUCGCUGGCCCGCAUGCCUGUCCCCUCCCUCAGCGACACGCUAGCCAAGCUCAUGGCCUCGCUGGAACCUCUGUAUAGGGAGGACAUUGAGAAGUGGAAUCAGCUUAAGAAGGACGCGGCAGACUUCGAAAAAGGAUACGGACCAAAAUUACAGAGAAUACUCAAACUGAAGUCAUGGUGGUGUAACAAUUACGUCACAGACUGGUGGGAGAAGUAUGUGUACUUGUCCAGUAGAAGCCCUCUACCAAUUAACAGUAAUUAUUACGUCCUGGACCAGGAGCACUGGACCCCAUCUGUGAUACAGACUGCUAGAAUUGCCAGCACGGUGUACAAUGUAAUGAAGUUUAAACAGCUGAGAGAUCGUGAGGCUCUUAAACCGCUGCUGAUCAGGAACACCAUUCCUGUGUGUAUGGGACAGUAUGAGAAAAUGUUUUCCACCACCAGAAUUCCCGGAGAAGAAUGUGACACAUUGCUGACAUAUGACUCUACAGUAUCCAAGCACAUCGCAGUUUGGAGGAGUGGGGUGUUGUAUAAAUUCGACAUCUUUGACAAAAAUGGACGCCUUCUGACCCCCACUCUAAUUCAGAAACAGCUGGACUGGAUCAUAAAGGAUGCAGAGAAACACACGGAAACCUACUCACGGGAGGAGAGGAUCUUGGCGUGUCUGACAGGUCAGGAGCGGGCCAAGUGGUGGAAGAUCCGAGAUCAACACUUUUGUAGGGGUGUGAACAGGGACACAAUGGACAUGAUAGAGAAGGCCAUCUUUUGUCUGACACUGGAGACAGAGAAGUACGAGACAAUGUCACAGAGAGGGGAGUACCUGCUCUGUAAGAAUGACGGCAAGCUGUGGUACGACAAAUGUUUUAAUCUGGUCUCCUUCCCUGACGGGAGAAUGGGCUGUAACAGCGAACACUCUUAUGCCGACGCCCCCAUCAUCGCUCAUCUACUAGAGUACAAUUUCACGGCCGAAAUGACCACGCAACAUAAUCCUGGUAGCCUGAACUCAGCAUUAGAACAAUGCGGAUUUCUAAAGGACGGCUCCCUUCCUCCAAAUCCAGAGGACGCCAAGUUUGUUAUCUCCACUCCAACCAGAAAUAUAUGGGAGAUAACUCCUGAUCUCAAAACAGCCAUUCUGGAAGCAGAGAGAGUCUGUAAUACGAAUUCUGAUGACCUUGAUCUUUGUCUGAGGGAGUUGACCGUCUAUGGAAAGGGGUUUAUGAAGUCUUGUAAAGUAAGUCCCGAUGCUUUUAUACAGAUGGCGCUGCAGGUGACCUAUUUUAAGAAUGCUGGAAAGUUUGCGCUGACGUACGAGUCGUCAAUGACGCGUCUCUAUCUUCAAGGCAGGACGGAAACUGUCCGUUCCCUCAGCACCGACUCGGCAGCAUUUGUCAAGGCAUUCCUGGACAAAUCUGUACCAAAGUCUACAACAAUAAAACUUCUGAGGAAAGCCUGCAACCGACACCAGGACGCGUACAGAGACGCCAUGUGUGGACUCGGGGUCGACAGACAUUUGUUUGCUCUCUAUGUCGUCAGCAAGGGAAUGGGCUACGACUGCGAGUUUUUGAAAGAAGCCCUGACAAUUCCCUGGACUCUAUCAACCAGCCAGCAACCUCAGCAACAAAUAGCAACAUCUCCUGACUGCAACCUUCCCCAAUACAAACAUGCUCUGUGCCCUGGGGGUGGUUUUGGCCCGGUCUCGGACGACGGUUACGGUGUAUCGUACAUGAUUCCCGGAGACUACAAGGUGUUUUUCCACGUAUCAUCCAAAAAGUCGGCCGUGGAACAGACUCAACUGUCUUCAUGGAUCAGCUCUUCCAAACGUUUGUGGAAAUGAAGGAAUUGUUCAGCGAGGUUUGAUACCGGGAAACGUAGGAUACUAGCACUUAGUUAUGGACUUGAAAAAAAAAAAAAAAAAAAAAAAAAAAAAAAAAAAAAAAUCAGGACUUGUCAAAUAUCUAACAUGUACACACAAGCUCAGAAGAGGAAUAGGAGUGAUGAUUAGUUAAUGUUACACCUGAUUUUGAAAAGUGGGCCAGAUUUAUUAUUAUCAUUUGAAAGUUAUUACAGCUAGCUCUGAAGAAAGAAAAAAACGUAACUUGAUCCAUAAACAGACGAGGUGACUGGUGAACACUAGACACUACAAGUUUGAUUUGGAGAUGAUGUAUUUCACAGUAGUACAAAAUUAUGAGGAUAGGUGUUUUUUUUCAAAUGUGACAAUUUCAUCCAAACUUGUAACCUCAGACAAGCAUCAAUUUUUGUUACAUUUUCUUACUGUGAUUAGUAAUUUAGGGGACAUAACUGUGUAUGUUAUUUCCAUGGACUGGUUUUUGUUUGCAUUACAACACGAGAAAAAAUAUUCAGGACUUCUUUAUCAUUUUAAAACAUUCCUUACUUUUAAUAUUGGAAAUCUACAUCCAUAUAUAUUAAAAUCUUGAAUUCAAAUAGACUGAUGAAUUUUCAAUCAAUUUUUUUUUUCGCCUCCAUUUAAAAGAAUGAUUAGUGUUAUUCUGUUAUUGGCAUAUUUCAUAGUGGUAUAUCUUUGACCAUGUGGUGUAGCAUCCAUUGCUAUCCUUUGUUAUUGUGAUGGUAUAAAGCAGGGGUUUUAAUUCUGUCAGGUUUUAUUUUUUGUUUGUAUUUAUUAUGUAUUAAGAUGUAUUUUAUGAUUGAUUCUACAUUCAAUUACUUUUUUUUUUUUUUUGAUUCUACAAAUACCUAUUGUAUUGUGAUGUCAUUUAUAGCUUGAAUUGACAUAACACGAUCUUUGCUUUUCUUUUUUGAUUUACAAUUGUGUUACAUAUUUUGGAAAUUUUGUACCCUCGUUUUAAUUUUUGUUACACAAGCAUUUUAAAGAAAAGCUUCAUCCAAUGAAAAUCAUUCUGUGUUUGCCUGGUACCAUGACAACCAACAGGGCAAAAAUAUAUCUUUUAAAAUGGAAUGAUAUAAAAAAAAAAAUCUUCAGAAUUCAAUCCGUGUCGGACCACGUGAUUUCUUGAUGAUUUUUUCUCUGUGUGAUUUAUUUGACUUGCACGUGUUUGUUAGCUGGUUAGCCCCCUUGUCAGUGUUCUACAGCUUAGGUUAUUGUCGUUGUAUUUAUUUACAGAGUGUACCUGUACCGUUACACAGUGAUAAUUUCUCCCAGUGACUUUGUAAUGUAUCUGUGUAUUUCAUAAGUCACUUAAGGUCAGAUACUGAACAAUCAGGUACUAUAUGCAUAUGGAGGGGGGGGGGGUUGUUUGUGAUCUUUUGCUAUAUAGGUCGGGGUGUGUAUCAAUGAAAUUAUAGAAAAUGUUUAAUGAUGGAUGAUACAAAUUCAUUGUUUUUAUUUGGUUAUAAAUUCUUGAAGGCGGAGUAAACGGAAAAUCUACAAUCAUUACCUGCGAUGUUAUCCUGUCAAAGCUUCCAGUUACGACCUCACAGAAAGAUAAUGAUACAAUAUAGAAUUUUUCCUAUAAUUGGUUUUAAUGAGAACUUUUAGCCUGACCCUUGUGGCUAACAAAAUUUACAUUGAGCUUGUAAAAUGUUAUUUUAAAGUUGCCCAAAACAUUUUCUGGGUUAAUGAAGAUGUGAGCCACAAUAAUCAACAACUCUAAAAAUAGAAAUUAUGUGACUAGAUGAUAUGCAUGUAUUUUAUGCCAAAAUGGGCCAAGUAUUGAAAAAGGAGUUAAAUGAGGACAAGACAUCAUCAUUUUUUAAAUUUUAGAUCUAGGUUGUUAACAUUGGCUUAACGGUCACAAAGAGCUGUUUUACUGAUGAAAAGGUCAAUUUCUUUUCUGCCAGCAUUGAUGAGCUCAGAUCGUUAUUCCCCAUCUUGCCAUAACAAACACAAUGAUUUCGUUAUGAUUUUUGUUGAUUAAUAUGUAAUGCCCUAAUCACAUGCAUUCAAACAUUACAUGUAUUCCGUUUUCUUCAUGAACAAUUGAACAUGUCCAAUAUUUUGUUUUAUUUUUAUCAGUAUUUAACUCACAAAGGGCCAUGUACAGUUACAUAGUGUUUUAAUCAUCAUUUCAUAUUUGAUUUAUAGAUAUUUUAAUUCAAUAUAGAAAUGGAUUUUUAUGUUUAGCAACAAAAAAUGCAAUGAUUAUCCUGGUCUCAGAGCUUUGAAAUUUACAUGGAAGAACGAGAACGUUGAUGAACUUCUCGUUGUAUAGGUUGAAACUGUCAUCCGCAUAGAGAUAUAUAUAUAUAUAUAUAUUUAUAUAUAUAUAGUUGUUCACAUGUUGUUUUGCCAGUUACAUGACUGUAUGGUGUUUUCAUUUAUUCAGAAAUGCGAUAACAUGUUGUACUCGCUAUUUAUAGAAUUAAAGUUGGCCGGGAAUGUUCAUAAUGUACUAAAUUACACAUUUCAUUUACCUUAAAAAUUUUGCUAAGUUGUCCUAAAAGUGUUACUAUAUUUCAAAAUGCUUCUCAGAAUUUUAUGUUAAUUUGAUAGUUUGUAAUCAAGAACAUUAUUCUCUUUUUAGAGAGUUAUUGUCUGGAUGAGGUGAAGGUCAUGAUGUUUUCUAUAUCGGUGAAAUAUUCUCGAACUCGAAUACCAGAUUUGUAACUUUUAAACAUAAUUUUUGUGUAUAGGUUUACAUAUAUAUAACUGCACAAUCUAGCUUAUUUCUUCUCCGUGGUACUUACUUGCUACACGUACAGAAAGAAAGCGAAAGAAAACGGUGUGUUUUAUUUCACUUGAUAUUUUGUUUGUUUCCUUUUUUGACUGUUAUGGAACCAUAUAUAAUUAUGCUCUUGAGAUUGAGUUAUUAUUGGAUUGAUUUUUAAAAUUCAUUGGACCAUGGAUUUAUUUUAUCCAUACUUUUAUAUUCCAUAUUCAUUAAUCAGAGCCAAGGAAUUACAACUGCACUGAAGUGUGAAGGAUUUGUUUACCAUUGUCUGAAAGUUUAAAACGGAGGGAACCUGUCUGUUUGAAGUAGUCAAUGCAUCAUUAACUCUUCAAACUUCGUGUAUGCUAGUAGUACAUUUAUCAAAUUCAGCUCAGAAUGAACAAUUCCCGAUUUGCAAAAUACUUGUGUCAAGCCACAAUGGAUUGCUGCGGAAUCUAAAAUUCUUUGGGCUCAAUUUUCGUGGAUUGUGGAGAUUUUACUGUGUUUUGGGGAUACAAUUUUCAUGGAUUUGUGGAGAUUCUACUGUUUUUUGGGGGGAUAUAAUUAUGUGGAUAUUUAUCUGUACAUGGAAACAUUCUAUAUAUUGUGUAUUUUUGUUGUGGUUUGAAAUCCGUGGGUAGCCACGGAAAUUGAGCCCCGGUGAAUCUAAUGAUUCCGCAGAAUUGACAGCUACGAUAAACAAUCAUUGAAAUUUCAACCUUGCUUUGUUUAGGUCUUUAUCAAAAGUCAGCAACUAUAUAUUAUAUAGAUUUUAUAAAGCUCUAGAGCUCAAAGAAUGUUUGUUUUCAUGGGCAAGUGACUCCAAGUGUGUGUGAAAAUUCAAAUAAUGGCUUGAAAUUAUAGAUUUCCCAUCAGAAAACUAGAGUGCCUGUGAGUUCCUCGACGUUGAAACCAUGAUUUAAUGGUAUGUUAAUUUAUGCGUGUUAGAAGUUUAAAAUUUUAGAUGUACGUACUUAACAGUUUUUGUUUUGUUUUGGUUGAGAAAUAUAGGUUGCAGUGCAAUGGGAGACAUUUAGUCAGCCCCAAAAAUAGACAAUGGAGAUAAAUCUCAUGAAAAACCUAGGUUCUUUUUUAACCUUGUAUGAAGCCAUGUUUACUAUGAACAUUUGAAUAGAUUCAGUGUUAAAGUUUUUUCGAUUAUGGUAAUUAACAUUUUGUAUUGUGUAAUGUAUUCAUUUUUUUUUUUUUUUUGAAUGGCAAGAUUGUCAAACUUUUGACACGCUGAAAAUUUUCUGUUUAUCCUUAGGUCAGCCAUUAUCAUGGUAAUCCAGAAAGAGGCAAAGGGGGUGAGGGGGGGGGGGGGUAUAAAGACUGCACUCUCUCCUUGGUUGGAAAAUUAUGAAUUUUUUUCAGGCUUUAGUUUACUGAAUAUUAAGGUGGAAUAAUUCCAUCAAAGUACCACCUUCAUUCACAACUCCCUCUAGAAUUUUAUUUGUGUCGGCCUCUAAUCCAUUAUAAAUGUACAUUCAUUGAUUUUACCUCUAAAAAUUUUUCGGCAACUGCACUCAAAAGAUGUUGUUCUUUGUGAUACUUGUCAGCAUGUGUAAAAUUCAAAUAAAGUUGUUAAUAAACUGA